UUGCUGUGAUUCUGUACGUUGUUGUUUUUCUUACCUUCCAUCAGAGCAGAGAAGCAGUGAUGGGGAAACUCUGCGCAGUGAUUUCCUGUUUGUUGCUGAGUGUGGGAGCGGCGACGGCUCAGGGAGCUCAGACGAGUGAGCGUCUGCUGCCUCAGUGGCUCACCGGCAUCAUCGCCGUCGCCGGCUUCCUCUUCCUCACCUUUGUCGGCUUACUGGUGAAGAAGGCCUGGUGUGAGGAGCCAAGCAGAAAGAAGACCACUAUGGAGUUGGUGGAAGGAAAUAAAUUUGUCAACGAAAACACCUACGAGAACAAUCUGGACAUGGUCAGGAGCAAAGACGACAUGAACGUUUACGACAGCGUGAUCGAGGACAAAGCUACCGUCAUGUGACCGUCAUGUGACCGUCCCACGACGAUCCGAUUGGCUUUCUGAACAUUGUCAACUCUGGACGAAGACACACAAAACACACACAAAAAGAAAUUACAUUGAAUGAAAUGUUCCUAUGAACGUUGUCUUUGUUUUGUCGUACCUUUUGUCCCCAGCGGGUAAAGCUGAGUCUGAUAUUUUGUUGUUGUGUCUUUAAAUAAUUUAGCAGAAAGAGUGAGAUUAUUAUAUGGAUAUUUAAUCAUUUAUAUUGGAUCUGAGGCUUAGACUAGAUCUAUAUAUUAGGUACUGUGUGUGCAUGUUUUUCACUCACCUUUUCAGAGUCAGAGCAGUAAACUGGGAAAAGCAGCUGAUCCAGAUUAAUAAGUUAUCUUUCCUAACAAACUGCUGUGUGGGCUCUCAUUACUGAUCAAUGAAAGAAUAACCUGUGACUAAUAAUUAAACAUUGACAGUAAAGUCUCCUUUUACAAAAAACAGGUAGUUCAGGUGUCUGUAAUAAGAGCAGGACAUUGGAGUGUCUGUGGUUAGUUCAUGUGUCUGUAAUAACAACAUGACAGUAGAGUGUCUGUGGUUAGUUUAUGUGUCUGUAAUAACAACAUGACAGUAGAGUGUCUGGUUAGUUCAUGGGUCUGUAAUAAAAACAUGACAGUAGAGUGUCUGUGGUUAGUUCAUGUGUCUGUAAUAAUAACAUGACAGUAGUGUCUGUGGUUAGUUCACGUGUCUGUAAUAAUAACAUGACAGUAGAGUGUCUGUGGUUAGUUUGUGUCUGUAAUAACAACAUGACAGUAGUGUCUGUGGUUAGUUCAUGUGUCUGUAAUAAUAACAUGACAGUAGAGUGUCUGUGGUUAGUUCAUGUGUCUGUAAUAAUAACAUGACAGUAGUGUCUGUGGUUAGUUUGUGUCUGUAAUAACAACAUGACAGUAGUGUCUGUGGUUAGUUCAUGUGUCUGUAAUAAUAACAUGACAGUAGAGUGUCUGUGGUUAGUUCAUGUGUCUGUAAUAAUAACAUGACAGUAGAG